CAACAUGAGAAUGGAAAUCAAGAAUCCAGCUUCGUUGCUCUUUGCACCGUUGAUCUCACUGCUGAUCAUCACCAGCAACUUAAUCAGCACAACCGACGGCCACGAUUUCAAGAUCGAAGAGGCGAGCAUCGAGGAGAUCCAACGAGCAUUCACAGAGAACAGACUCACAUCAAGGCAAUUAGUUGACUUUUACUUGGACCGAAUCGAGGAGCUAAAUCCGCUGCUUCGCAGCGUAGUGGAGGUGAAUCCAGACGCGCGUGAUCAGGCAGACGUGGCUGAUCGCGAGAGGGGAGUGAAUGGUGACCGUUCGAUGGUAGCGGCGUUGGGGGAGUUGCACGGAAUUCCUGUGCUACUGAAGGACACGAUAGCAAGUAAGGACAAGUUGAACACGACGGCUGGGUCGUACGCGCUGCUGGGUUCAGUGGUCGCUCGUGACGCGGGUGUGGUGGAGAAGCUGAGAAAAGGUGGGGCUGUCAUAUUGGGGAAGGCUAGUCUUACUGAGUGGUACUCUUUUCGUUCUUUGGGUCAUGUUCCUAAUGGUUGGUGUGCUAGAGCUGGUCAAGGCGUCAACCCGUAUGUUCCAUCAGGGAAUCCAUGUGGUUCGAGCAGUGGAUCAGCCAUUUCAGUAGCUGCAAACAUGGUGGCAGUGUCACUUGCAAGUGAGACUCAUGGCUCCAUCCUCUGUCCAGCUGAUCAUAACUCUGUUGUAGGGUUCAAACCCACUGUUGGGCUAACUAGUCGAGCCGGCGUCAUUCCAAUAUUACCCCGCCAUGACACAGUUGGGACAAUAAGCAGAACAGUGUCUGAUGCGGUUUAUGUGCUUGAUGUAAUUGCGGGUUUUGAUCCACAAGAUUAUGAAGCAACAAAAGAAGCAGCCAAAUUUGUACCUGUUGGCGGUUAUAAACAAUUUCUUAAUCCAAAUGGGCUGGAAGGAAAGAGAUUGGGGGUUGUUAGGAAUCCAUUUGUGAGCUCCCUAAAUAAAUCCUCUGUUAUUGAAGAGUUUGAACGCCAUCUGAGGACAAUAAGACAAAGAGGUGCAACUGUAGCGGACAAUCUUGAGAUAGCAAAUGUUGAUGUAAUACAAAGUUCUAAACGAAGUGGUGAAUUGACUGCAAUGCUGGCUGAGUUCAAGUUGUCCUUCAAUGAUUACCUGAAAGACCUCAUCUCUUCUCCAGUGAGGUCACUUGCUGACAUUAUUGCCUUCAACCAAAAUAACCCUGAUUUGGAGAAGACUAAAGAGUAUGGUCAGGCCACUUUUAUUGCAUCAGAGAAAACAAGUGGGAUUGGAGAAAAAGAAAGGCAGGCAUUUGAAUUAAUGGAAAACCUGUCACGAAAUGGAUUUGAGAAAUUAAUGAUGGAAAAUGAAUUGGAUGCAUUGGUGACACCUGGUACAGGUGCCAUUCCUCUGCUGGCAAUAGGAGGUCAUCCGGGAAUUACAGUCCCUGCUGGUUAUGACAGUGGCGGAAUGCCAUUUGGGAUCUGUUUCGGAGGCAUCAAAGGUACAGAACCAAAGUUGAUUGAGAUAGCUUAUGCUUUUGAACAAGCCACCAUGAUACGGAGACCUCCUUUUUCCAAAUCAUUUGAAAUGAAUAACGAAGUUGUCUUUGGAAGUGCAUAGUAAUUUUCGUGUUAGUUUGUAAAAAAGGUCAUU